GACUAAGCGCUCAACAAAGCUCAUGUUCUCAUCGCCAGGACGAUCGUUAGCACAAGUGUGCCCUAGAUCUACGAGCAUUCUGCUCACCACUCCCUCGCGCCUGCGCCGACAGUACUCUGGCAUUGUCAAGAUGAAGUAUAAAUUCCUCACAUUUUCCCGCCGGUUUAUCUCUCAUCAAACAACUUCAUCGUAAUCCUUCCCAUCAAAACGACUUUCUCUUUGAGCAUUCUUAUACUCACUACAACAAAAUGGUUGCCUUCGGAAGGAUCCUAGCCUCAGCUAUGGCUUUGGCCGUCCCAGUCAUUGCCCAAACCACUCCAGCCCAAGUCGUCACCAACAUCGACCUGAUUACCCAGAAGUCGCAAGCCCUCCAAGCUCCAGCUCAGAGCAUCAACCUCAUUAAUGGUCCGUUGAUCUUAAUCGGUCAGGGACCAUUCCCGCAGAUCAUUACGGGCUUCGCCGAUAUCGUGUCCACAGCCACUACUGCUUUAUCGCAGAUACGGGGGAUGCCACCUGUACCAGCAGGCGAUGAGAGUAACGCGAUCUUCGAUGCGUUUCGCGAGGUAAGACACGUUCUUCCCUUGGGUGUUGCGAUGUUACUAACCUACUCUCUGCAGUUUGUGCGAGUUCACCAGGCACUCCUGAAUAUCCUGAUCGGAAAGGCUGGGCUGUUCAGCACCGUGCCAUUUAUUGGCCAGCCGGUCGCUGCCGUGCUCAGACAGGUUGAGAGUGUUGUCGAUACUAUUGCAUUCGCCUUGAUUGAUACCGUUCAGUCUCGUGCUGCGGAUCUUCAAGCCCAGACUCAGUCCUUGGACGGCACGCUUACAACCACGAUCAACGCUUAUGAAGGCUUGUCCCUUCGCCGCAAGACACGAUCCCUCAGGAUCGCUCGCCAAGCGGCCGUUGCGGCAGCAUAAGUAUGCCGGUUGCAAGGAAACUGAACAUUGAAGUGGGAUGAGGGCAGACUUGUAUGCUGCAUGCAGCAUUCAACAGGUCUGCGGUGUUGAUCUCACGUCAACUGAUGUAUCUGAGGGACACAGUGCGCGGACAACUACUCGCUGUACCUAGCGCGAGUUUAUACUAUACGUAGAGUUGAGAACAAUAACAAUUCUGCGCGGACAUAAGCAAAGUCCAUCAUCUGCUCUUAUUCUGCACAUGCCACAAAUCCU